UGCCGGGGCUGGUGAUUGGAGGAAACCCCGUGUCUGCGGAGCCGCUGUAGCCUGUGAGCAGCGGGAUCAGGGACAGAGUCUCAGCCUCGCCGCCGCCGCCGCCGCCCAGGGACACUGCCGAGCCGGGCCCCGAGCGCCGCCACCCACUCCGGACACAGACUUCCCAGUUAUGGAUAAGAAUGAGCUGGUGCAGAAGGCCAAGCUGGCCGAGCAGGCCGAGCGGUACGACGACAUGGCAGCCUGCAUGAAGUCUGUGACCGAGCAAGGAGCCGAGCUGUCCAACGAGGAGCGGAAUCUCCUCUCCGUCGCGUACAAGAAUGUUGUGGGGGCCCGCAGGUCAUCUUGGAGGGUUGUCUCAAGUAUUGAGCAGAAGACGGAAGGCGCCGAGAAGAAGCAGCAGAUGGCUCGGGAGUACAGGGAGAAAAUUGAGGCGGAGUUGAGAGACAUCUGCAAUGACGUCCUGUCUCUUUUGGAAAAGUUCUUGAUCCCCAAUGCUUCGCAAGCAGAAAGCAAAGUCUUCUAUUUGAAGAUGAAGGGCGACUACUACCGCUACCUGGCUGAGGUUGCUGCUGGUGAUGACAAGAAGGGAAUUGUGGAACAGUCACAGCAAGCGUACCAAGAAGCAUUUGAAAUCAGCAAAAAGGAAAUGCAGCCAACACAUCCUAUCAGACUGGGUCUGGCCCUUAACUUCUCUGUGUUCUAUUAUGAGAUUCUGAAUUCCCCAGAGAAAGCCUGCUCUCUUGCAAAAACAGCUUUUGACGAAGCCAUUGCUGAACUUGAUACAUUAAGUGAAGAGUCGUACAAAGACAGCACGCUAAUAAUGCAGUUACUGAGAGACAACUUGACAUUGUGGACAUCGGACACCCAAGGAGACGAAGCGGAAGCAGGAGAAGGAGGGGAAAAUUAACUUCCAGCCUUUGUCUGCCUCACUCUAAAAUUUACACAGUAGACCGUUUGUCAUCCAUGCUGUCCCACAAAUAGUUUUUUGUUUACGAUUUA